AUGAAGUACGUCCCUGCUUCGGCUUCUCAUUACAUUGACUUCCUAUAUGAGAAAUUUCGAGCAAUCGCAGAGAUGUCGGUACGGGUGCGAUUCUCAGCAGCUCGCCCAGGCGUUGCAUACGUUCCUGGCGGGUCCGGUGAAGGAGCUGGAGGAGGGCUAGCGGCCGAAAUCUUAGGAAAGCCCAUGCCUCCCCUGCAUAAAGAGGACAAUUUUCGCAUGGAUGCACAUACUGCGGCCAGCAUCGGAGACGCAAAUGUUAUACAGGCGUUGAUAGCCAGCAAACAGUUUGAUCCGAAUGAGAAGAAUAUGUCAGAUUGGACUCCACUACUCUAUGCCGCGUACCUGGGCCACCAUAAUGUGUGUCAAGUACUGAUUGAAGCUGGAGCAAAGUUGGAUGAUUGUAAUCGCAGAGGUCAGACAGCAUUGAUGAUGGCGGCGUCUUGCGGGAAUUUGCAGGUCGUACGGCUGCUGCUCGAGCAAGGUGCGAGUGUAGAUCGUUCAGAUACCAGAGAUCGUCAGGCUUUACACUAUGCGAGUACCUGUAGCCAAAACGCGGUUGCUGAUGCCCUCCUACAAGCCGGAGCUGAUCCUAAUGCAGCCGACGUCGAUGGCAUGACGCCCCUUCUCGAAGCUUGCGCUAGCGGUCACGAAUUGACCACAUCCUGCCUCCUUGAAUUUGGAGGCGACCCAUUUAUCAAGAAUGCCCGAGGAGAAGACUGUCAUACUGUAGCCUCGGAAUCCCCAAAAAUCUUACAGCUAAUCAGCGAACACAUGCAACGGCGAGGAAAUCCCGGUUUCACGCCUGAGGCACCGCGGACUAAUGCCCGACCCCGCACUCUAGAGGAAUUACUAGAGGAAAUGAAUCUGCUUCGUCUAGUCGACAAGUUCAAAGCAGAGAAUAUUGACUUGAAUCUAUUCUUUGAUUUGACUGAAAAGGAUUUCGAAGAGAUGGGUAUAGCAUAUGGGCCCAAGAAAAGGAUGCUGACAGUGAUUGAUAGAUAUCGCAAAACUGGUCAAAUAUCCAGCGAACCUAUCGAAGUGGAAGUGACACCACCCCCGCCGUAUCCGGCAGCUGAAGAUGGUGGCCAAAAGGAAAUGAUCGCUUCGAUGAGAUACAUACGUCAAAUGAAUGACAUGACAAAGCAGUUGGCUAUGGAGGCACUGGAAGUGUCGCGGAGGUCCAACAACGGCGACGCGUUGCGCCCGUUGAUCAUCGGGAUCAUUGACAGCGUAGAAAAUAUCACAACAAGGAUAGCUCGUCAUCAACUAUGACGAUGUCGACGGGACGAGUUGACAGCCAUAUGAUUUGCAAAUCUUAAUACUGGUUUAAGCCAAAGCCACAGGCGUAC